UGGUGCGCGCGUAUUUGUUAUAACGAGCGACAGGUGUUUUUUAUGACUUAGUUAAACAAAUAAAACAAACGUUAACACUCGCAAGCGGCAAUUACAAAUAAAGGUGUCUACUUUUAUUAAAAUAUCGCAACAAGCAAAUAAAAGCGUUAAAGCCAAAAAUAUAAAACGAAAACACAAAACCAUCGACACCUGUUUGCCUGCAUUCCAGGGACUGCAUGAGAGAGCGCAUUGUGUGCAUGUGUGCGUGUGCAUUGCCUAAAUAAGGGCAUAUCGUGUGUCAAGGAAGUGGGAAGUGCGAAGAGUGACCAUUUUGUUUAUGGGAAAAUAAUUGACAAUAUACAAACGUUGUUGUUCUACAAUUGCAGCACAUUUUGCAGCAAACCAACCAAAGCAAGAGUAAAAGAAGAAACAGCAUAAAUAAACAUAACUCGAAAACCGGUUAAACGAAUAACGCGCGCAAGCAAAAGGCAACAAAAAGAGCAUUGGAGUGAGUAAAACAACAACAAAAAUACUUGGCUUUUCAAUUUGUUUGCGUUCAAGAGAGGCCUAAAAGAGAGGCCCAAGUGACAAAAACUAAACUAAAACGUAAAAAGUGUGUGUAAAAAAUUGUAACAAAAUACGAAUAUUAGGCGAAUAAUAAAGAAUAAUCCCUAAGUAAAUGAAGGAGCGGCGUUACUUAAAAAGUGCAUUUUCAUAAAAUAUACAAAAAUUUGCACUGCCCUAACCAACGGCAAUAGCACUACAAGGCCGAGAGAUAUUUGCUGGAGGCAAGCGUUUAUUGCACCUUAUCCGUAUGAUGACAAUAUCAGAGCCAAUUGCGAGCGGAUAUUGAAGCGGUAACACCAACGAUUAACCAAAUCCCACACACACACACACACACGCAAAUACAAAUUGCAAUAUGGCAGCCAACAACAACAAAGUCACGACAUCGACAGAGAGUUGCGAUGAAGUUGAUUUUGUAGCCACGCACAACAACAAUAAUAAUAACAACAACAACAACGAUUACGAUGAUUAUAGCAUCAGCAACUUGGUAAUUAGCAACAACAAAACUGUUGCCACAACCAACAACACAAAUGCAGUGCGCAAAGCGAUACCAAACAACGAACCAAAUGCCACCAACAACAACAACAACAACACCAACACACUGAAAAAGUCAAAAGGACGUCGAACCCUUUUCACAUUUGGCAAAAAGGCGAACAAGUCACAAGCAACGUCAGAGUCGUCGACCAUGCCCUCCAAAUCCACGCCGCACAUAACAAAUGUGCUGCUGCUGCCGCCGGCGCCGCUGGUGCCGAUCGGUACGCCCCCACGGACGCACAAGUUUGUGAAGAGCAACAGCAUCGCCAGAUUGCUCGGCAAUACCUACAAUGCCAAAAAGUUCGAGAAGCAGGAACAGAAGCGGCUCGCCAACGAGGCCAGCGGGAAGUUUAACACGUUCGGGGGACGUCGACAUGGAGGCAGCGCUCCUUACCUGGAACGCUUUAAGCGCAUGUCCAAGGAGGAUGGGGACAUAGCGGGCAGCGAUGAUACCGUCACAGUCACCAACAUGGUCACCCUGACCACCGAUUCCCGGGAUCUGUAUGGGGGCAGUCGGAACGAGCAUGUGGCCCGGGAGCUGCUACAGAACGAUGAUCUGAGUGUCAAGGCUAUGCGUACCCUGAGUCGCGGACUCGGUAAGCUCUGGUGGAAGCGCACCCACAGUGUGGACAUAAGCACGCCUGAUCCGGAGUUUAAGGUCUCCUACCUGGGGAAUGUGCUCACUGGCUGGGCCAAGGCAGGUGAAGGUUGCGUGGAGAAGCAGCUGAAUACGCUGUGGCGGAAUUAUACGCAGCACACCAAGCCGGAUGUCAUAAUGCGCAUCAAGGUGUGUGCCUCGGGUCUGAAGGCGACCACCCGACAACACGGUCUCACCGAGUACUGGGCCAAUCGCAUUACCUAUUGCUGUGCGCCAAAGAACUAUCCGCGAGUCUUCUGCUGGAUCUACAGACAUGAGGGUCGCAAGCUCAAGCACGAGCUGCGCUGCCAUGCGGUGCUCUGCAGCAAGGAGAAGAUUGCGCAGGAUAUAAGCGAUACAUUGAGAGAAAAUCUGGAGAGCGCUUUGCGUGAAUUUAAACGCGAGAAAAUUCUCAAGCAAAAUGCGCGUCUCAGUCUGGCCAAUGCGGUGUACGACAAUCCCAGUUUGCCGCGUCGCAAGAUCAUGUUGAGCGUGGGCGGCAACAACUAUCGACCACCACUGGAGCGUUCCAAGUCGGCGCCGAAACUGAUGGCCAUCGAGGAGGCCAUUGGCGAGGAGGAGGGCGAUGAAAUUGAGGAUACCAAUGAGCCAGAGAUGAAAUCCUGCUGUCAACGUGACUCCCUCUAUCCGGCCAUGACGCUGGGUCGUAGACGUUGCCGACGCGGUCACUCCAUCAGACGCACCGGCAAAAUCCAGUCGGUCGGCUGCUGUCAGCAUCAGCCAACUGUUGUUGCCUCUGCCAAUAGUCAGCCGGCAAAGACAGAGCCUGUGGCAGCUGCGUCGGCGGUGCCACUUACACCCGCCUCGGACGGCUCCGAUUCGGACGAUUUCGAGAAGCUGCUCAAGUUCAAUGACUACGAUACCAGCACAACGCUUAGCACCGAGCUGCUGCCCUACUUCGACAUGCAGCUGCACAAGAACAACAGUCAGAGUCUGGGCAGUCUCAGCGAGCUGAAGCAGCAGCUGCCGCAGGACGAGAGCGAGUACGAUGAAGAGCAGCCGCUCAGCCUGCUGCCGACCAUCAACAGCGAUCCCAGUGCCGAUCCGCAGGCUGAUUAUGACACCGAAGAGUUGGGCGUCUCAUUGCGACGCAACGGCAUCUGCAGCGAUGGCGAGGAAGAGGACUAUCUGGAUGAUGCCGAGGAUCAUUAUUUCAGGCAGGCCGCGCUCCUCAACAUGUUGCAUCGCAACUCGAUGCGCAAGAUGAACACAAAUCUGGGGCUGAGCAGCGACGAGUGCGGCAGCAGUCUGGAGACGACAGGUGCCCAAUACGCUCAACACCAAUAUCGUCAUCAGCAGCAGUCCAGCAUCUCCAGCAAUGCCUCGUGCAGCACCACCAGCAGCAGCAGUGGCUCCCACGCGGCGGUAAACGCAGCGCUCAGUGCGGCUCAGGAGGGCAGCGCAGCAGUGGCGAAUGAGAGCAACGCACAGAAACUGCAUGGCUUGGAUAGCGAUGAGGGUUCCAUUUCCAGCGGCUGCGAAACGGCCAGCACAGUCACAAAUGCCAACCACGAGGAGUUGGCCCACAAAUACAAGCAACGGCUGAGCAUAUCUAGCGCCCUGGAGGACAGCAACAACGAGCAGGUGCUAGCGGAGAUCAUGUACCAAAGACUGGAGUUGCGGAACAACAGUGACGCCACCAACUACAGCAGCUCCAGCUCCAUUACGCUGAAGCUGAACACAUCUCCCGCCAGCUCUCUCAAUGGCCUCGAUGUUGUGAUGGUGGGUAACGGGACCGCGAACAGCGGUCGCACUGUAAAGCGGACUCGCAAGCAACAACAACGCGACAAUGGCAAUGAGACCGACGACUCGGAGUGCAGUGAUGAGAGCGGCUAUGUGGAGUACCAGGAGAGAGAGCGUGCUGGCACAGCAAUCCCCACAACACCACCAACAACAGCACAAGGCCCAGCAAUGAGCAAACCACAAUUGCCGCCAAAGCCCAUGCCGCGUCGCUCGCUCACGAAGAGCGCGACGGGCACUGCGGUUUAAGCCGUGCGCCCGAAAGUAUGCUUUAUAAAUAUACUAUACACACAUUGUUAUUUGUUUUGCAAGAAUUUUCGAAAAAAAUAAUUUGCACACAGCUUUGUCGCCUAACAAGAAACUUUGUUGGAAUUUGCACAAAUUUGUUGUGUGAACUAAUUGCAUGUCUGAUCGUUGUUCAGACGCGCAAAUAAUGAGCACAAACAUAUGGGCCUUUAUUUUUUAAAGCCUGCAUGUAAGAUAAGACAAAUUUGUGUGCAAAUUAUUUGUCUGUCCGCCCAUAGCUUUAUACGCACCUGCGGCAGGCUCUUGUAAAUAGUUGUAGCUAUACACCACAAAAACAUGAAUUAGUCCGACGGCAGCACAACAAAUGGGUAACAGGCGCGUUUAUAAUUGUAGUUAAUUGUUAGUUUUAAGUUAUGCAUAUUAAUAUACACAUUAUUAUGAGCAUUUUUUUUCUUUUAAGUCAUUUGUUGUUGGUUUGUGUGUCGCACAAAAUGCUAAACGAUAUUAUAUAUUAUAUUACACUAUUGUUUUCACUCCCUGCCCCUUUUACAUCACCAUCACCCUCCAAAAUGAAUUUAGUUCUCACAACAAACAUACAAACAAAUCCAUAUAUAUUAUAUGCUGUAAAAAGUAGACGCCUAAGCACUGCAUGAAUGCAUAUUCCAUGAAUUGUAUCUUAAAUCUUAAAAAAUAUAUAAAUUAUUAUAUGGAAAAUAUAUGCGAUUAAUUUGAAAA